UAGUACCGUUCAAUACGCGACAGUGUGUCAAAACACGCCAAUGGUAUUUCUAAAUAUCAGCACUAUUACAUUCAGAAUGAGAAACAGUAUCAAAACAUUGUGACGGGCUCUGCGAUUCUCUCAUUCAUGCUCGGGAGUUGUUCUAAGGAAGACGUUAGCCAGUGUAAUCAAUAAUGUGUAAAUAGCGAAUGGUUUAUAUGACUAAAUGUUCGAAGCUGUAGAAAAAUGGAUUGCAAAACUGCAUUCACUCUCCUCUUCUCAAUCAGCCUGGUGUACGGAGCAACAAUCUCUUUGAGGGAAGACCCGGAAUGGCAACCACAGUACUUAAAUUAUCUGACGACCAAUGCCACAUCUUCCUCUAAUCCUUCCACUAAUGAUAUAAACGAGGAGAUUAUGGACUACGUUCCUUUAAACCCCAGCUACCUUUCCGUGGUCGAACCCCAGAACAGUUUCGCUGUUGGAAAAAUGAUCGCUGAAUUCGCCAGGAUAGCUAUUGAUAUGUUUUCGAAAAUGGACCUUUCCGAGCAGAAUUUAAAGAAUCUUAUGGAAGUGCUGGCGCCGCUGGUGUCAGUGUAUCUGGGGCCAUACUCCCAAGUCAUUGUUCCAUUAUUAUCUGGAAUUGCCUCUGUCGCUCUCAGAUCACUGGCACCUCAAUAAGCAGAUUGAAGAAGACACAUCCAGUCCCGAUAACCCGCGAUAGUUUAAAAAAAGUAUUUAUUUACAUUGAAAAAUGUACUGAUUUCAUAUAUAAUAAGUUAAUUAGGUGCUCUGCGGUUUGCAGUUCUAUGUAAUACAUAUACAUAUACACAGAAGUGAUAGAAAGUGUUACAGGUCAAAAUGUGAAAACUAUACAUAGGUAUGAGUGUUUACAGAUAAAGGUGUUUUCAUUUUAAUAUAAUUUGCUGUUUAUUUAAGUAAAUUGUUAUUUGAUUUAGCCUUGCCUUUUGAUCUUGGUUACUCUUAAGGUACCGUGCUAAUCAUCACCUUUAUUCUUAUAAGGACAGAUUCUCAAAAAGACAAUUUAAGGUACAGUUGCACAAAUUUAGUCAAAAAAUGAUUUUGUCAAAUCAGAAAAUUAAUUACAUCUUUAUAUUCCGCUCGGGUACCGUGUUUUUGUAACCUAGGUGCCUUUGUUUAUAAUGUAGAUACCUUCUUACAAUGUUUUAAGUUUAGUGUGUUUAUUUAAUUUAUUUAAAUACUAUUGUUAUAGGCACAAUUGUGUUCUAUUCUACUUCUAGC